CCCUCCCACCCCGUCAUAUACUUAACCCGGCGAGACCUCUCCUCGCCAUCAUCCAUGCCCCGUCUCUCCCUCGCCCGCCCACUCCGAGCACUGCACCCCGCACGCCCACUCACCGCACCCACCCACCCCUCCGUACGUCCCAUCGUCCCUUCACAACCCCGCACCAUGGUCGCUUCAACCCACGCAACCUUCAAGUACUUCGACCCCUCCUCCGUCCCCGCCGGCCAGAAGGCGUGGAACAAGGUCGACGUCCGCGCGUCCUCCUUCAAAGACAUUGCCGUCUCCAAGCCCGUAUACAACGCGCGCGACGACGCAGACGACUUCCGCGACGUCGACCGCACCGGUUUCGCAUUCCACACCUCUCCAUCAUCCGUCCCCGCGUCCGCCGUGCUCGCGGACGGCCCCGAAGUCCGCACCGCCUACUACGCGGAAGUCGAGGCGGCGCUGCGCGCCAAGCUCGCUACAGGGGACAAAGUGUCGCGCGUCGUGAUUUUCGACCACACCAUCCGGGUACGCGACCCGACUGCGGCGCGGCAGCCCGUACAAAGUGUGCACGUGGACCAAACGCCCGCGGCGGCGGCGGCUCGCGUGCGCCGGCACACGGGUGCGGACGCCGAGCGCCUCCUCAAAGGCCGGUUCCAGCUGAUCAACGUCUGGCGGCCGCUCGGGCACGCGGCGUCAGACCACCCCCUCGCCGUCGUCGACUGGCGCACAACAGAAGAGUCAGACCUCGUCGCCACGGACCUCCUCUAUCCCGUGUAUGAGGGGUAUGACGGCGACGACCGCGGGCGCGAGGUCGCGCCCCGCGCCGACCUGGCCAGCACGGACGGGUACGAGGUCCGCGGCGAGACGUACAAUGUGCAGCCAAAUGACAGGCACCGCUUCUACUAUGUCAAAGACAUGCGGCCGGACGAGGUCAUGUUUAUCAAGUGCUUUGACAGCGCGAGCGAGGGCGUCGCGGGCAACAAGGGCGUGGCGGGGUUCACGCCGCACACGGCGUUCGAGGAUCCCAACACGCCGGAAGACGCCAAGCCGCGCCAGAGCAUCGAGGUGCGCGCGCUCGUGUUCUACGACUAGCGAGGGGACGCACGACGGCGGAAGAAUAGAUGUUCUCGAUAGCCUGUAUAUCAUCACCAUGUCUCUUG